UGUUCAUCUUCACCCGAAAAGCCCAACCACACCGACUUUACAUUUUUCAUUUUGGAGCCGUACGUUCAUUUUGGCGGGAAAAUCACAGAUCAGCAGAAAGCGAAAUCCAAAACCCCCAAAUCUCCAAUCGCACUCCGAGAACUGAACCAGCAGGCCAGGAACUGGAAAAGCUACCACACCAUUGCUCCAAUGGCUCCGAGAAAGAAACCCAUUUCUUCCAACACGACGUCGUCUAAGAAAUCCAACUCGAAAGCUCAGCCGCAGCCCUCCAAGUUCGGCAUCCAACAUUUUUUUGAGCGCCACACCCAGAACUCCCAGAAACCCAAAGAGGUCGCCGCUUCUUCCCCUCCUCAGAACCCUAAAACCCUAGCCGCCACCGUCUCCCCCACCGUUGCUCCAGUACAAUCGGUUCCAAAGAUCCGAAAGCCUGCUCAGAUUGAUGCGGGUAAUGCGGUUUUAGCUUUGGUGAAUGAUGAAAUUCAGUCGAUUUCGCAAUUGGGGAAUAAGAAUAGCAUGUCGAAGUACACGCCGGAGAAUUUGAUGGCGGCUGGAGUUGGUGGUGAUAAGGAGAAUGUUGACGAGGAGGCCUCGCCGGAGAUUUCAAAGUCUAAGUCUUUAAAGCGCUUCAAGUUUUCACCUGGAAUGUUGAUUAAGCAGAGCCAAGAUGACGGAGGCGAUGAGGUAACAUGGAGGAUAUCUCCGGUAAAUGAAAGACUCCAAGCUGUUUCAAAACGCAUGCCGGAGAUUAUUAGAGUGUUGGCUGACUCUUCAAGGCUUAAAUCUUUAAGCAUUAGUCAGUGCCCGCAAAACAAGACUUCUCCUGUUAAAGCUGUAACGGUUGAGAAGUGGAUUCCCUCACGGACACCGAAUACUUCUGAUAGAUCGUUGGUAUCCCUGAAUAGGGUUGGUGUAAAAAGAGUUAAACCAGACCAGGAUAUGGAUAGUAAUGGAGCUUUUUCAGGAAUAGAUAGUAGGCAGAGUCCAUUCCGAACUCCACCUUCUCUACCGUACUGUCAUGAUAAGCUUGCUAAUGCAUGUAAUGGAGUUUCAGAUCAGCCGGGGUUGAGGCAGCAUAAAAAGGCAUUGCUUGAACUCUUAGAUCAAGUGGAAGAUGUUAUUUCUGUUGAAGAUUCAGUGUCUAGUGAUGUGGAGGAAUCUCCAUUUCAAGUUGAAGAUAAAAAAAGCAAGAGAAUGUCUAUCAGUUUGGAUCACACAGUUAAAAGAGUAGAGACAGCUCUAACAGGAAAGGUUCUUCGGAAAUCUUCAUAUUGUAGUUUUCUUGUAUUGGAGGUAUCUGAGAAGUGUGGAGAUGCUGAUUCAUCUGGUGAUCAAUGCCUGUUUAAGGUUAUAAGGUUACUAAAUGAGCAAAGUGGAGAAGAGCGCUCUGUAUAUUUACGAGAUGAGUGGUUGUACAGUGUCAUUGCUCCUGGAGAUACUGUCAAUGUUAUUGGCGAAUUUGAUAACCAAGGACAGUGUCAUGUGGAUCGUCACAAUAAUUUUAUAAUUGUUCAUCCAGAUGUUUUGGUGUCUGGAACUAGGGUUACAGCUAGCUUCAUUUGCCCUAGGCGAACUGUCCUGGAUGAAAGACUAAAAUCCAAUGAGCAUUCAACUGCAGCACUAAGUGGUACAAUAUUGCAUCGAGUUUUUGAGGCUGGACUUAUGAAGGAGAUACCUACAGUAACUUUCUUGGAGGAACGCACAAGAACGGUGCUCCAGAAAAACCUUGAGAACUUGUAUGCUUGUGGAGUGAACGAAAAUGAUAUGUACAAAACAUUGAUCGAGGCUGUCCCCAAAAUACUGAAUUGGGUUAACCUCUUCAAAAAUUCCCAGGGUUCAAAAGCUCCUUCUGUUGAUUUUGGAUCUGACAUUGGGGUGAAAAAGGUCAAAUUAUCUGAGGUAAUUGAUAUUGAGGAGAUGGCCUGGGCUCCAAAAUAUGGUCUGAAAGGCCAGAUUGAUGCUUCUGUCAGAGUGGAAGUUGAAUCUAACAGUGGUGAAUCUCAUGAAAAGGUCAUGCCUUUAGAGUUCAAAAGUGGGAAAGUACCAAAGGGCCAGUCGUCUAUGGAGCAUAGUGCCCAAGUGAUCUUAUACACUCUCCUCAUGUCGGAGAGGUACCAGAAGCAUGUCGAUACUGGUCUCCUAUGUUAUCUGCAGUCAGAUCAGACACAGGGGAUUGUUGCUAGAAGAUCUGACCUAGUUGGUCUAAUCAUGCGACGUAAUGAACUUGCAAAUGAUAUCCUCAAGGCAUCACAAACACAAGUACUGCCCCCAAUGUUACAGUGUCAGAGCAUUUGUGGAAGUUGCCGCCAUCUAAAUGUUUGUACUGUCUAUCACAAGGUACAUGGUGGAAGCACAGAGAGCAGCGGAUUGGCAGAUUUGUUUGAUUCAAAUACUCAGUACCUAACAAAUGCUCAUGGUGUUUUCUUAAGGCUGUGGGAUGGGUUGAUUGAUUUGGAAGCUAAAGAGAUGCAGCUUGUAAAGAAUGAAAUUUGGCGGUCACAUAGCUCCAAUAGUGAUUAUGCCACUGGUUGCCUUUCUUUUAUUGUUCUUGAUGGUGAUUCUCCAUGUUCAGCAUCCGGAAAAGAUAGCAGAUUUGUUUAUCGUUUUUUGCGUAACAGUUUUCCUUCUCUCAAUGGGAGGACAUCUGAUAUAGAUUUUUCAAGCGCCAGUUCUUCAAGAAAAGAUAUAGAUUGCACACUAAAAUGUGGUGACUUUGUGAUACUUAGCAGCGAAUCUGGUAGUCUACCUGUUGCAAGCGGAAUCAUAAUGGAUAUAAGUCAAUCCCAUGUUUCUGUUUCUUUCUCUAAGCACUUACGACUUCCUUGGAGCAAUCCUUCAGAGGCAAGUGAUCUCCUUCAGGAGGUCUGGCGUGUUGACAAAGAUGAUUUCGUGACAUCAUUUUCAGUAAUGAGGUUUAACCUUGUUCAACUUUUUCUUCAAAGUACACAAGCUGCUCACCUUAGAAAGAUGAUUGUUGACCUAGAAGCUCCUAGGUUUGACAAUGGGUCUCCACUCAGCCAGGAUCCAGCAAUAUCCUAUGUCUGGUCCCAGAGAAAUUUAAAUGAUGAUCAGCGUCGAGCCAUUCUUAAGAUACUUACAGCAAAGGACUACGCUCUUAUACUAGGAAUGCCUGGAACGGGCAAGACAUCCACCAUGGUGCAUGCUGUGAAAGCUCUGUUGAUUAGAGGUUCAUCCAUUUUGCUUACAUCCUACACAAACUCCGCUGUUGAUAAUCUACUUGUCAAAUUAAAGGCUGAGGAUAUUGAUUUUAUACGCAUUGGAAGACAUGAAGCUGUGCAUGAAGAAAUUCGAGGCCAUUGCUUCUCAGAGAUGAACAUUCAAACUGUGGAAGGCAUUAAGUUAAUAUUAGACCAAGUCAAGGUGGUUGCCGUUACAUGCUUGGGGAUCACCAGCCCCUUGCUUGCCAAUAAGAGAUUUGAUGUAUGCAUCAUGGAUGAAGCUGGACAGACCACCCUUCCAGUGUCUCUUGGGCCUCUGAUGUUUGCUUCAAAGUUUGUCCUGGUUGGCGAUCAUUAUCAGUUACCUCCUCUGGUCAAGAGUACGGAGGCUCGAGAAAAUGGAAUGGGGGUAAGCUUGUUUUGUAGGCUUUCAGAAGCGCAUCCUCAGGCAAUUUCAGCCUUGCAAAGCCAGUACCGUAUGUGUCGAGGCAUUAUGGCACUGUCAAAUGCCUUGAUUUAUGGUGAUCGAUUGCGAUGUGGCUCUCCUGAAAUAGAAAAUGCCAAACUCAAGGUUUCAAGUUCAAUACCUCAUUCAUUUUGGAUACAGGAGGUUAUAAACCCAAGCAAGCCAGUUAUAUUUAUUAAUACAGAUUCUUUACCUGCUUUUGAGGCAAAGGAUCACAAGAUUGUGAGUAACCCGACGGAAGCUAACAUAAUUGUACAGGUUGUGGAGGGACUAGUCAAGAGUGGAAUAAAGGGGGAAGAUAUUGGUGUCAUUACCCCAUAUAACUCCCAGGCAGAGAUCAUCCGGCUUGCCCUCAGCCGCCUGACCUCUGUUGAGAUACAUACCAUUGACAAAUAUCAGGGAAGAGACAAGGAUUGUAUACUAGUGUCCUUCGUUAGGUCAAUGGAAAAUCCCACGAAUUGCUCCUCCUCGCUGCUUGGAGACUGGCAUAGGAUUAAUGUAGCUCUCACUCGUGCCAAGAAAAAGUUGGUAAUGGUUGGAUCGUGCAAAACCCUAUCGAAUGUUGUGCUGUUGAAGCUUCUUAUCGAGCAAGUUGAACAACAGUCGGGCAUCUUAAAUGUAUCGAACAAGGAUAUUAAGUUUAAAAGAGAGUUAAAGAGAUGCUCUCAGGCUCAGGCUCAGGCCAGAUAGAUGAUUGAUUGUAAACUUUCCAUCCUGUCCGUCCAGUUUUGGUUAGUGGCUGUACAUAUGCUGCUGAUGUAUCUGUAGUAACCUUGAAAGUUGUACAUAUAGAAACGUCACUCUCCCUCUGAGGCAUUUUUUUCAA